GAGGCUGCACCUGAUGGGAGAUGUGGAUGCUUUCACUUUACAGAAACAGACAUGGGGGACUCUCCUAUAAACUCACUGGUUUUGCUCGGAAUUGGCUCCAGCUUUGCCUUCUCUGGGGUCUUUUAUCAUCUGUACAAGGAGAAAAAGAAAGAGUUACAAAAGCUGAAGGAAAUACCGUUUUUCAAACCAGAUCACCAUUUGCUUAAUGUACUCAAUUCGACUUCCCAAAAGCGACUCCAGUACGUUGCAGUAGAAGGCCAGGUUCAGGCAGACGGGGAGCCUCUGGCCAGCCAGUUCGUCCCUCAGUGCUUCGGUGUGCUUCAGAAGAUUGUGGUGGGAGACCACUGGAAGUACUGGAACGCUGCUACUGGGACAUGGAACUCUCGGACCCGGAACAUGAAAGAGACCAACAACUCGGUGCCCUUUAGUCUGAUCAGCGCUGGGUCCUUCAUCUCUGACGUUUGUGUGAAGGUGCACAAGCCUCUGGAGGCCUCCGGCUGCUUCCUGGAGAGGGUUCAUUUCCGGACGAAACGAGCCGAGGAGGGUUUGAUGAACGUGGUGGUGAGCGAGCUGACGGGGGAGAAGCCCGUGGCGAAGGAGGAGCGCGAGGAGAUGCUGCGGGUGGGGACCACCGUGACGGGCUUCGGGGAGGUGGUGCUGGAAGGGGGCCACUCCAUGAGGCUCCAGGCCCCGCCGGACGGCCGCAGCUACGUCCUGGUGCCCGGCGACUACAGGAGCUUCAUAGACAGACACGAGGCCUCGGCCAGCAUGUGGAGGGCGCUGGCCGCUGCCACGGGGAUCACAGGAACCUCUAUUCUACUCUGUCUCUUGUAUAACUUAUCUGGGAAACAGGACGACAGGAAGAAAUAG